ACAGCAGCUUUCUCAAUUACCCACAUAAUAUAUUCUAAGGUAUUCGCCGUCUUAAAUUGGAAAACAGCUGCAAGUAGCAGAGAGUUUUGCCUAUGGAUAAGAAGAAGAUGGGAUGUUUUUGUUAAUUUUUGGGUUGCAUAAGUACCUUCUGAAGAUUCGCUAGUUCAUCUUGAACAGGAAUGCUCUAUAAUAACUUCAUUACUUUUGGUGCAAAAGGGAGCAGUUAUUUCCAUUUUUCACAUUGCAAGAGUUGGCGUCUUAUUCAGUUUAUAUCCAAUUAUUGGACCAGUCAUGCCUUCUAAUCUCAAAGGCAAAGCUGUAGUAAUUAUGGGUGUCAGCGGUUCUGGCAAAUCGACAAUAGGUCAGAUGCUUGCCAAAGCUUGGGAUUGUGAUUUUAUUGAUGCUGAUGAUUUCCACCCACAAUUAAACAAAGAAAAAAUGGGUCGAGGUAUUCCUCUUUCUGAUGAAGACAGAAUUCCGUGGCUUGAAAUGCUAAGGGAUGCUGUCAAAGAGAGAUUAGUCUGUGGGAAAAUUGUGAUACUUGGAUGCUCUUCUUUGAGAAAGCAAUACCGAGAAAUUCUAAGAGCUGCAGAUCCUGAUUAUGAAUCUGGAAGCUACGUUAGUGCUGUAAAAUUUGUGAUGUUGAAUGCGGGAGCCAAGGUCAUUGCUGCUCGACUAGAGAAAAGAGCUGCAGAAGGGAAGCAUUUCAUGCCGCCUACGCUUUUGCAAUCCCAGUUAGACCUGAUUCAGGUUGAUGAAUCUGAAGAGAUACCUAAGGUUGAUGCCACUUUAACACCGGAAGCCAUUGUUGAUGCAAUACAGAGUAUUUAGCUUUGAUUGAAAAUUACCAAACUGUAUAGCUGAGAAAGCAGUCAGUGUCUUGAUAAGUUAUAUUUUGGUCUUCCCUUGCUCUUGUCUGGGAAAGCUUACAGAUGUAUUCUUCUUGUUAUAAAUCCAUGGGAUUAGAAAGUUAAAAUCAAACAUGUAUUUUGAUAAAGCUAAGACAUUAAGAAUAAGAAUUAUUUCUCAGUUUAUUAUAAAA